AUGAGUGAGUCUUUGGUGGUUUGUGAUGUUGCCGAAGAUUUAGUGGAAAAGCUGAGAAAGUUUCGUUUUCGCAAAGAAACAAACAAUGCUGCCAUUAUAAGAUGUAAGCCUGAACAACAGAUGAUGUAUGCUGGGAGUAAGAAUAAGUUAGUCCAAACAGCUGAACUAACCAAGGUAUUUGAAAUAAGAAAUACUGAAGACCUAACCGAAGAAUGGUUACGUGAGAAACUGGGGUUUUUCCACUAAUGUGAACUUCUGUGUUUUUAAAGUAUUUAUGCAUUAACCUGAUUAUACUGGAACCAGACAUAAAUACUUAUUUAUGCCUAAAAAUGCACUGUUAUUUACAGUUUGUUUCCUGCAGUAAAGAAAAAUUCUUCAUUUGUGCAAAGUUUGAACAAAGAGGAAAUCAUCUUCAUAGUGAUGAAACUUUGUAAAGUGUUUCCUUAUAUUUGUAAUUGUUAGGUGGGCUACUUUUCUCCAAGGACUUUUUGCACUCUUGUGACUAAUUUCUAUAACUUAUGGUUCAGAAUUUGUUACUAUUUACAGACACCAUUGGAAAGUGGGUAUGAGAUUGUGAUAGACAACAGUUGCCUCCUUUUGACAAAUACUGGAUAUUAGCAGUUUAUAUAUGAAAAUAGCAUAUUAUCACUUGUCAAAUCAUUGAAAUUAAUUUGGGGUUAAAAACUUAAGUGACCUAAUUUUGAGCCAUGAAUAGUAAUUUACUGUAUUGUAACCUACGUUUCAAGAACAUUUUUUCAUCAAUUCCAUACCUCUUGAUUUCCUAUACGUUUUUAAUCAAGUCUAGAAACUAUGCUCAUCGAUCAUUCAUUUUUAAGGUCUAGGAGUUAGAUUUGUUUUUGAUAGAGUUAUGAGUAUUAGGUUUCUUCAUA